AUGUUGUUACAUUAUCUUUUUGUGUGUCUGUUUAUUAUUGUGAAAGCACAAUUCGAAGGUGAAACUUGCAGCAAAGAUGGCGUAGCUGGAAUAUGUACAAACUUGAACAGAUGCCAGUCAGCCAUUCAAGACAUUAGGAAUCGGAAAAAUCCAAAGAUCUGUACGUUCAACAAUGUGGACCCCAUCGUUUGCUGCCUGGACAUCACUCCUGGACCAACUGCUACUACCACAAAGAGGCCCUCGGUGACGACUACCACGGAGUACAUACCUCCUGUGUAUGACUACGUGAACGUGGACCCGAACAGCAGCGGCUGUGAACCGAUUCCUGAAUCAUUGACAGCUAAGAAAACUGGACAAAAGGCGUGGGAUAAAUGUAUAGAAUACCAGGAGCAACUCGUGUACCCUUGUGAGAAGGGUGUGGCUCUGACAGGAGACCUCAGCAGGAGUAACCGCUGCCAUCACAAUGCUGAUGAGCUCAUCAUUGGAGGAACUAACGCUGCACAGUAUGAGUUCCCACAUAUGGUGAUGGUCGGUUAUGGUGGCCAGAUCGAAGAUGUGCAGUGGUUGUGUGGUGGAGCCCUCAUCAGUGAGAAGUUUAUCCUGACUGCUGGACACUGCAUCGCUAGCAGGGAUCUUGGUCCAAUAUCAUACGUGGCAGUUGGUGCGUUAAGACGAGGUGACGCAGCCGACAGGUCGAGGGUCUACAAAGUUAAGAACAUCAUUAAACAUCCACAGUUCCAGCCUCCGAACAAAUACAAUGACAUUGCCUUAAUUGAGACUGAGAAUGCGAUAAAAUUGGACCAGUUCGUGGUACCGGCGUGUCUACAUGUUGGCAAUCCUAUCAAUGAUUCCAAGGUCCAGGCUACAGGCUGGGGACUCACACAGUACAGCGGUUCCGUGUCUGAUACCCUGCAGAAGGUGGUAUUAAACAAGUUUUCUACAGCUGAAUGUUCAGCCAAAUACCAACCUGUUCGCCUGAUGAAGCAAGGGUUUGAUGCUCAGAGUCAGCUGUGCUACGGCGAUAAGCUUGUCUCUAAGGAUACCUGCCAGGGCGACAGCGGAGGUCCAAUUCAGAUCAAGAACCAAAAUAUAUCUUGCAUGUAUACCGUCGUAGGUGUGACGUCAUUCGGCAGAGCUUGUGGCUUCGUCGGGGAGCCUGGGAUAUAUACUCGGGUCGCGAACUAUGUGUCCUGGAUCGAAAACAUAGUGUGGCCAUGA